AUGGGGUGUGGAACAAGUUUUGUGAAAUAUGUGCUGUUUUUCUUCAACCUGGUUGUCGCGCUCUUCGGCCUAGCAGUUGUUGGAAUCGGUGUAGCCGUACUCCUGAACUGGACAGUAUUCAAGAAUGAACUGGAAGGCCACAUCACGGUCGCGCCAUGGAUCUUCAUUGUGAUCGGAGCAGUUAUGUUCGUGAUCGCUUUCUUCGGAUGCUGUGGUGCGAUACGCGAGAGCCACUGUAUGGUGGUCACGUACGCCGUGUUCCUGCUGGUGAUCAUUAUCAUACAAGUGGCUUUGGGCGUGCUGUUGUUUGCGUACGAACAGAGUCUGAAGGAUGCCCUCGUUAAGUCUGUGGACACCCUCUUCGACAAGAGCAAAAGCGACACAGCUUCGCAGGCGGUCUUCAACAACAUUGAGCAACAGUUGGAAUGCUGCGGAAAGUACAGUGCGGCUGAUUACGCUUUUGUCGUACCGAAGAGCUGCUGCUCAAAACUUGGUGUCACCGGCAAACUGUUAGGAGACACCUGCACAAUUGCUGACGCUAACACCACAGGCUGCUCUACCAAAGUUGGAGAAAUCUAUGAGAAGUGGAACAAGACCAUUGCUGGCGUUGCUAUCGGUGUUGCUUGCGUUGAGGUGGUCGGAGCACUAUUCGCGUUGUGCCUCGCGAACUCCAUACGUAACAUGGACAGAAGAUAUGCGUAA